CAGAACGGGCAGAGAGAGAGAGAGGAGGGGGGGGGAGUUGGACUAAACCAGCUGAGAAUUGCCCCUCUAAAGGCAACGUCUACGUCAGAGCGGGACGCUGUUCACAUCAGCGGAUACACGCUCAGACACAAAGACACCUGGCUCCGGCUUAUUUGCAUCCCCUCUCUCUCUCUCUCUCUCUUUCUCUAUCUCUUUCUCCCCGUCUUGCCGCCAGACUGGAGAGUAAACACACCCACGCACAAAAAAGGCAGCUGAAUCCCGUUUUGAAUCUUGAUGAUGCCACACCCUGGGCUUGUUCGGGUUGUGGGGAUGUUUUUGUGAGCCACAGGUAAUCCCGCAAGCGCUACUUGAAGAGAUGAAGAAAAUCUGGUCCAAGAAGAGAUUUCAGAGAACUGGGCAUUCCACACGGACAUUUGGCAGGUUUACCCAUGUGAAGUUUUCCGCUCCUGCCGAAAGCAAAGCUAUGACUCUGAGACCACAGAGGAUGAGACCACAGAGCCUCAGAUGGAAACCAAAGAAGGGCCCGGGAGGCACCAAGACAAGGCUGGACGGAGAGGACCUUCGGGUGAGGGAGGCGGGAUGAUGGACUACAACCCGGACGCUUCAGACCGCAGGGCCACCCUCCCCGGCGGCUACGACCCCGUGGUGGAGCGAGAGCUCCGCGCUCUGGGCUCCCGCCCUCCGGGGCUCCACUUGGACCCCGCCAACCCAGCCAGGACUCAAACUGCUGACGAAUCACAGGGGCUCUCCUCCCGCGUCCCCCUGUCUUCUCCCGGUACGCACAAAGACAGCGUUAGCACCCGAGACCAGGAUAAACCUUCAGAUCCCCAAAGUGUUAACAGUGUUGUCAUGACACCCAAACUGGCUCGAGCAGGGCCCAAGAUCUUCGACAAGGUCCUCGCUUUUGAGGAGCGGAGGGCCAGCGUGGAUCCGCCGGGGUCAAGGCUCGGACGAGCGGCUUCCUGCGACUCAGACGACAGCGGAAAGAAGACAGGAGGCCCCGGCAAAGAGGGCGUGGCCCAGAAGCGGGCGGCGUUCAAGCAGCGGGCGUCUUCUUUAGAGGACAAGACGAGCUACUCCCAGAGGGUCCAGAGCUACCAGAGCAAGUUUGCCGAAGAGCUCCAGAGGAUCAAGAAGCUCGUGGGGAAACCGAGCUUGAAGAAGGCGUAUUCCACCGAGCAGCUGUCGCCGAAGGAGAGGCUGACCACGGGGAAGCUCGAGCCCAUUCCUCCCCAAGUGGUUAAAAAGUUGGAGGCGAGGGAGCGAGCCCUGGAGGACAGAAAGGUCGGGGACGGCAGAUUGCAGAUUUCUCCACAGGCCCAAGGCAGCGGUCUGGGGAAUCAGAGCAACAACCCUGGAAAGAGUCAGAUGACACAGCCAGAUUCACAGGGGAAACCAGCGGAUGGCUCAUCACGAGGAAGCACAGGGAAAAUCUCUGUUACCAUGGAGACGGCACCAGUUCACCAGUUACCAGGGCAACCAUUGCCAACAGCCACAAGGACAAGCCUCACCAGGGAAACCCUACAAAGCGCUCCAGCAGCUGACAAACACGCACUUGUUGCCACGUCGCAAAGAUCCUCAUCCCCCGUCAGAGAUCUGGGGACGAAGAUGGACAACCAAGCAGACCGCAGAUCGCCAAGCCCGAAUGGGAAGAGGGCAUCCCCAAUAACUGUGAGGGAACCAGGGUACCCACCUAAGCCCCCGCGGCUCACCCCUUCACCCACUCCUUCCGUCAGCCCUCUCCUGAAAAGGAGAAAGGCGGAGGCGGGGCGGACGUCUCCAGCCUCGAAAGUGAACAUCCCCACUAUCCUGGUGGAGGACGAACCCAUGGAGACGGACGAGAGAAGCAAGAGCAGAAGGAAAGAGGGGAAGGUUCGCAAGAGCAGGAGAGGCUGUUCUGUUCAACCCAGAUCUCCAGGGGAAGGGGACUCGUCUGAUGAUGAUGCUGACAAGGAGCCAGCUGAGGGCCCGAGGUUUGAGAGGGCUCUCGUGGACAUGAAGGGAUCCAGCGGCUCCGAGGUCACCCUGAAAUGCAUCGUCAUUGGGAGCCCGGCCCCGACAGUGACAUGGAAGAAGAACAAUGUGGCGAUACGGAGCGACGCCGUCCACGUGGUUAAAGCUGAGGGUGAGAGGCACAGCCUGACGAUAAAGCAGAUGAGGCGGAACAACGCCGGCUCGUACUGCGUCACAGCUGUCAACGCGGCGGGCAGAGCGUCCUGCAGCGCCACGCUCUAUAUCCAGUCAGAGCCAACCCACAUGCAAUGUGGGAGACCAGCCGGGGCGUCGGAAGCGAGUAGCGGAGGAGGAGACGAGGAGUAUCUGAGCCCUCAGGAGGAGGCGAUGGAGCUCGGGGACUCACCUGCUCCGAGUAAAAGAGUCCACUUCAAAGAAGCUCCCGUGUUUCAGGUGGCACCGUGUGACCAGGAGGUGACUCAGGGUCAAGAUGUCGUCAUCUCAGCGAAGGUCGCAGGGCAGCCCAAACCCAUGGUUUACUGGUUGAAGGACAGAGUCACAGUGAAGACGGCGGGAUGCUUCGCUGUGCGCGAGACAGACGACGGCACCAUCGAGAUGAGGAUCGGUUCAGCUCAGAGGUCAGACGCGGGGCUUUACGUCUGUAAGAUCAUCAACGAGUACGGAUGCAAGCAAGCCGAGUGCAGAGUGGAGGUCAAAGCGUCUGCAGCACAAACGGCACUCAAAAUCACCCGGGAGGUAAAAGGUGUGUCGGUGAGGGCCGGAGAGUCGGCCAUGUUUGAGUGUCACAUUACAGGACCCCCAGACGUCGAAGUGGACUGGCUCUCAAACGGGAAGCUGAUCCAGCCGGCGCUGCUCAACUGCAAAAUGCACUUUGAUGGCAAGAGGUGCCGUCUGCUGCUAAAUUCAGUACACGAGGAUGACAGUGGGACAUACACAUGCAAGCUGAGCACUGCCAAAGAGGAGUUGACCUCAAACGCAAACCUGAAGGUCGCCCCAUCCAAGGAGCCUCUUUUCACCCGUCAGCUGGACAUCCUGGAGGUCAUCGAAGGUCGCACCGCCCGCUUUGACUGUAAGGUGAGCGGAUCACCUGCUCCUCGAGUCACGUGGACACAUUUUGAGACAAGAGUGGAGGAGAGUGAUAAUGUUCGCAUCCUCCAAGAGGGGGGUCGUCACUCACUUGUCAUCGCCCACGUUAGCGGCGACACAGAAGGCUUCUACACAGCAGUCGCUCAAAACGUUCAUGGGAAGUCUGAAUGCACCGCUGAGCUCUACAUGCAGGAACCUCGAGCUGCCAUCUCUUCUCACAUGGCCAAGUUGGAGAAGAUGCCAUCCAUCCCCGAGGAGCCCGAGGUGCUGGAGAGCGAGGUGGAGAAGAGGACCAUGCCGGACUUUGUCAAACCUCUGGCUGACGCGGAGGUGAUCGAAGGCAAAGAGGCGCUGCUGAAAUGCAAAGUGGCGGGCCUGCCCUACCCGACCAUCGCCUGGUACCACAACGGCAAGCGCAUCGAGAGCAGCGAGGAACGCAAAAUGACCCAGUACAGGGAUGUCCACAAUAUGGUCAUUCGGAGCGCUUGUCACGCUCACGGCGGCGUCUACAAGGCCGUCAUCUCCAAUAAACUGGGCAAAGCAGCCUGCUAUGCACAUCUCUACGUCACAGACAUUGUUCCUGACCCCCCUGAUGGUCCUCCAGUGAUAGAGGCCAUCACAGGGAAAACCAUAAGCCUCAGCUGGAAGAGACCAAAGAGACUCGACUCUUCUUUUGACGCUGGCUCCUUGCUAUAUGUGGUCCAGCAGCAGCCUCUGGGCUCAAUCCAGUGGUCCGUCGUGGCGUCCAACCUGAGGGAGACCAACUACACCGUCACCUCUCUGUCCAAGGGAGUCCGCUACGCUUUCAGGAUCCUGACGUCCACCGGGAAGACGCUGAGCAAACCAUCACCCUCUACUGACCUGGUCCAGCUGCUGGACAGAGGACCGUAUUUGAGGAAAGCGCCCGUCAUUUUGGACAAACCUGACGUUGUUUACGUGGUUGAGAACCAACCUGCGAGCAUCACCGUCACGCUGAACCACGUGCAUGCAGUUGUCACCUGGAAAAGGAGGGGGGUGGUGUUGGUCAACAGACCGGGGUUGUAUGAGAUGAGCAUGCCCGACGACGACCAGCACACCCUGAAGCUUCAGCGAGUCCGGAGCUCAGACGUCGGGCAGCUGGUGGUCACGGCCAGCAACCAGUUUGGCAGCGACCUCUGCACGUCUCAGCUGGCGAUGGCAGUGCCUCCUAAGUUUGAAACCAUCAUGGAGGAUGUGGAUGUGCACGUUGGGGAGACGACCCGUCUGGCUGUUGUGGUUGAAGGGAAACCGGACCCGGAUAUUCUGUGGCAUAAGGACGACGUGCGGCUCUCUGAGAGCAGCCACUUCACGUUCGUGUACGACGACCCUGAGUAUUCCCUCGUCGUCCUCAACGCCCGACCCGACCACUCCGGCGUGUACACCUGCACGGCGAAGAACCUGGCCGGCCCCAACUCCUGCAAAGCUGAACUCACAGUUCAUACAGAGCGAAAAGAAGCAGCCGAGCCAAUGGAGGACGAAGGGACCAUCCUGAGGAAGAUGAGGCGUUUGACGGAUUACUACGAUAUCCACAAAGAGAUAGGGAGGGGUGCCUUCUCCUAUGUGAAGAGGGUGAUUCAGAAGAAGGGAAAGACGGAGUUCGCCGCCAAGUUCACAUCUGCGGGAGGAAAGAGGAAAGCCUCGGCCCUCGGGGAGAUGGACCUGCUGUCUGAGCUGGACUACGAGAGGAUCCUCUAUUUCCACGACGCCUUUGAGAAGAAGAGCGUGGUGGUGCUCAUCACGGAGCUAUGUCACGAGGAGUUGCUGGAAAGAAUGGCCAAAAAAACAACAGUGAAGGAGCUGGAGAUCCGCUGGAGUGUUCAGCAGCUUCUGGAAGGUCUUCGGUAUCUUCACCAAAAAAACAUUGCCCACCUUGACAUAAAGCCAGAAAACAUUUUAAUGGCAAGUCCUGGGAGUGACCAGAUCCGCAUUUGUGACUUUGGCAACGCCAUCAAACUGGAGACUUCUGAGGAGCACUACUGCAAGUACGGCACGCCGGAAUAUGUCGCACCAGAGAUUGUUAACCAAACUCCCGUCUCCACGGCAACAGACAUAUGGCCUGCUGGUGUCAUCACGUACCUCUGCCUGACUGGUGUGUCUCCGUUCGCUGGCGAGAACGACAGAGCCACGGCCUUAAACAUCCGUAACUACAACGUGGCGUUUGAGGAAAGCAUGUUCGCCGACCUCUGCAAAGAAGCAAAGGGAUUUGUCAUCAAGCUUCUGGUGGCGGACCGACUGAGGCCCAGUGCAGUUGAGUGCCUUCGUCAUCCUUGGUUCAAGUCAUCAACGAACAAGAGCAUCAGCACAGCGAUGCUGAAGCAAGUUUUGUCUAGAAGGCGAUGGCAGCGUUCCCUUAUCAGCUACAAAUCCAAGAUGGUGAUGCGGUCGAUCCCGGAGCUUUUGAAUGAGUCAUCCAGCCACGUCUCCAUCGCCGUGGCCCGGCAUCUAAAAGAAGGCACCCCGCCGCCCUCCUCUUCCUCUGACUCCGACGCAGACGUGGACGAGCUCCCCUUCAUUCCCAUGCCGCUGUCCAUGGUGUUUUCUGGUUCCAGGGUCUCCCUCAACGAGAUCCCGGGGGAAGAAGACGUCACCGUGGGGCCCGGUGUUGCUCCCGAGGGGGCGAGGAACCAGGACGACAUGGAGAUAGCUAAUAAAAGGGUGAAAGACGAAGAGGAAACCCCAGAUGAGGAGGGAAUGGAACAGACAAAACGAGCCCCCCUUAAAAAAGGAUUGAGCGUGGAGUCGGACGAAUCGCAGACGAAAACCAGGCGGGCGACCAUGAGGAGAGGCAGCUCUGCUGACUCAGCGCUGCUUCUCCACAUCGACCCAGAUGAGGGAAACGCAAACAAGGACGCAGAAGCAAGCAGCAAGAGCCUGAAAAAGGCGGUUUCUAUGGAGCUACCCAAUCGCAGCCCGAGCCCCGGGGCGGCCAAGUUGAGCCAGGAGGAUUACGCCCUAAAACUGGAGCUGAUGAGGCAGCGGUUGCUCCGGGGAGGAAACGCGGACAAAAAGAUGAGCGGCCUGCGAGGGCCGUUGUUCGAAACACUCGGCAUGGAGGACGAGAGGCGGACCGGGUCUCUAGAUCGGAACUUGAGGAGAUCCAGAGCGGGGCCGUCGACGCUCACCAGAGCGGCGUCUUCAGAGAGCACCGGAGAGGACACGCCAAAGACCAAAGUUUUCCGUAAAAGCGCCUCCUUCACUCAGGGGGACUCUGAGCCCAUGCCCCUGCACCGCAGGUUCGGAGCCCCCUUAGAGAUCCCAUCGGUGGGCAAAGGCAGCGUAGAAGGGAAGAAGCUCCAGGAGGCAACCUCAAUGUCAGCGCUCACGGAGCAAACAACGCUGGAGACCUCUUUUAUACGAUUGGACCAACAGAACAAUGUGAAAGAUAUGCAAAGUAUGAAUGAGAAGAGCACGGACGGGUUAACAGAGAAAAGGACCAAACCUCAGUUAGAAAAGCCAGAUAAAGUAGAGUCUACAUCACCCUCUGUAGUUACUCCUAUAAUUGUAAUAGAGGAGGAUGAUGAUGAGGAGGAGGAGAGGAAAGAAAAUCAGAAGUUGCAUAUUAAUGAAAAGGAUAAGAAGGGAGAUGAAACACAAAAUGGUAAACCCUCAUCUGCGUACGCGAGUGUUAUUCAAGCUGUUGCGGCCACACCAAAGUCCACAGAAAUCCCCGCGGUGCCUGAACACCCAGCCGUGUUCGCCAAAGUAGCGACUGCUGAUAGAUCCCCUAGUUCUGUCCCCCGCCAGCCUGUGCUCAGGACAGACAUCAAGGACAUCGACUCAGAGGAGGUCUUUGAGGCCCGGUUUAAGAAGCGGGAGUCGUCUUUGACACGCGGCCUCCGGAAACUGACCAGGAACAAAUCAGAAGAGAAAUCCCCCGUGCUAAACCGGAAGGGGGUCGAGGGGGGUGAAGAGGUUUACAGGCCGGGGCCGAGGGGGGCGCCACUUGAGGUGGUGUCCAAAGGACUGCUGGAGAAAUCCAAAUCUGUUCAAGAUUUAAGAGAAGACGAUAAAGAAACAGGCUUCGGUCUGAUUGGGAGGUUUUCCUUGCGGGCCAAGAGGGGUGAGAAACCAAAGGAGGAGAAGGAUGUUCAGGAAACCGCUGGAAGCAAGAGGGUUUCAUGGGCUAUUGGUCGCAGCAAGUCCCUGGAUACUAACAGUGCAGGGGCUCCGAAGCAGCCGGAUGAGAAAGAACAAAGGAAAGCCGAGGAGUCAUCGGUUUCUGCCAUGAGGCGCAAGUUUGAGUCCAAAGUGGCGGGAAUCUCUGCCAAAAUGAGGACCCAGUCGGAGGAGAGGAAGGACAAAGACGCUGGGGGGAGCCAAAAGGAUUUGAAGAGAGUCACCGAUUCCCCCGUGCUGGCCAUGCGACACAAGUUUGAGAACAAAGUGUCUGGAAUCACCUCGAAAAUCCGCAGUCAGUCCGAGGAGAGGAAAGAGGGCGAAGAGGGGAAGAGGACGCCGCUGUUUACCCGCCAUCGUCAUUCCCAAUCCGAGGGGCGAGGACUCAAAGGGAUGGGCAUUCCCGAGAACCAACUAGCAAAACAGACCGGCGCCGCCACCGCCGCCGGCGCGUCCAAGGAAUCAGUCGAAUCCACUUCUAGCAUCCAUUCCGAAAAAGAGACCGACAGGCGGUCGCGGUGGGACAGGUGGGGUUUGACGAGGGGCAAGAAAGACAAAACCCCAUCUCAGUCCGAUCUGCCUUCAUCCGUCCCCAAAGAGGACGGGUUGUCCAAAAGCCAGCAGUUCAUCCGCUCCGCUUCGGAUUUUGCCCCCGUGUUCCACAUCAAACUGAAAGACCACGUCUUAUUGGAGGGGGAGCCCGUCACUCUCAGCUGCCUCCCAGCCGGAAGUCCACAUCCAGAGAUCACAUGGACGAUGGAUCGGAAACCGCUGGAGGUGGACGACAGAAUCAACCUGAGGUCCCACCCAGACGGCAGGCAGCUUCUUACCAUCAUGAAGUCCAGCCGGAGGGACGCUGGCGUUUACGAAUGUGUCGCUACCAACCCCAUCGCCACCAUCACCACCUCCUGCACCUUGUCCAUAGCUUGCGUCCCAAAACGGCCAGGGACCCCUGAAGUCCCCCAGACCUACAACAACACAGCCCUGGUGCUCUGGAAGCCAGCAGACACCAAGUCUCCAUGCAGCUACACCCUGGAAAGAAAAACAGAAGGUGACUCUAACUGGUUGACUGUAGCCACUGGAGUUGUCGACUGCUACUACAAUGUGACAGAGCUGCCACCAGCUGGAGCCUUUAGGUUCCGCGUCGCCUGCGUCAACAAGGCGGGACAGGGACCGUACAGCAACUGCUCUGCUCCGGUCAGCCUGGACUCAACAGCUGGAGGAGCUUCACCUACCGUUGCCGUCGUAAAGACAGUCCCGGCUCCGCCUGAACCAGUCGUCACCUCCUCAGUGACCGGGCCUCCACUCAGACCAGUCCAGAACACCGCUCCCAGGAUAGCCGUCUCCACCGUCACCUCCACCUCCACCUCCCCAAAAGAUACACCCUCCCCUGCUGCUUUACCUCUUCCACCUACAUCAUCUGCAGGCGCAACCACCGAAGACGCUCAAAAAAUCAGCUCCUCUCUUCCCUCCUCACCCGCAGUCAAAGCCCCUCCACCCUUCGUCCUCCCCAAACCCCAGAGUCCAGUCAACGUGGUGUCUCCUAUGACCCAGAGCCCGCCAAUAUCGCCGCCCCCACCUCUUGUAACCCCGCCAUCGACGCCAACCAAACCAGCAAUUGCCUCCGUGCCCACGUACGUCCCCGCCACCGCCGUCACCGCUCGCGUGACCCCGACGCCGGUCUCCUUUGCCCCACAAGUGCUCCAGACCUCCAGCCUGAGCCCCUUCGGCGAAGGGGCCAGUACGCCCACCAGAGGCACCCCAUCAGGACGCGCUACGCCCUCCACUGCUCUACGACAGGGGGUCCCACAGAAACCGUACACUUUCCUGGAUGAGAAAGCAAGAGGUCGUUUCGGAGUCGUCCGAGAGUGCCGCGAGAACACGACGGGCAAAAUCUACAUGGCAAAGAUCAUCACCUACAGCCAGGAGAACAAGCAGGAAAUCCUGAAGGAGUACGAGAUCCUGAAAUCCCUCCACAGCGAAAAGGUCAUGGCUCUGCACGAAGCCUACGUCACGCCGCGCUACCUGGUGCUGGUGGCGGAGUACUGCACCGGCAAAGAGCUGCUGUUCAGCCUCAUCGACAGGUUCCGUUACUCCGAGGACGACGUGGUGGGUUACCUGGUCCAGAUCCUCCAGGGAGUCGAGUACCUCCACAACCGCCGCGUCCUCCACCUGGACCUCAAGCCCGACAACAUCAUGGUGACCAACCUCAACGCCAUCAAGAUUGUGGACUUUGGGAGCGCUCAGAGCUUCAACCCCCUCAGCCUCAAACUCCAGGACUCAGGAGCAGGAACACUGGAGUACAUGGCUCCUGAGAUGGUGAAAGGUGAAGUGGUUGGUCCUCCUGCGGAUAUUUGGACUAUUGGAGUUGUCAUCUACGUCAUGCUUAGCGGUCGACUACCUUUCGAAGAUAGAGACCCUCUUCAAGUCGAAUCCAAAAUCCUGGUGGCGAAGUUCGACCCGACAAAACUGUACCCAAAUGUGUCCCAAAGUGCCUCCGCCUUUCUCAAGAAGAUGCUGAGCAGCUACCCAUGGGCCCGUCCGACCACGCGAGACUGCUUCACGCACGCCUGGCUGCAGGACUCCUACCUUAUGAAGCUGAGGAGACAGACUCUCACCUUCACCUCCAACCGACUCAAAGAGUUCGUGGUGGAGCAACAAUGCCGCCGCACAGAGGGCGCCACCAAGCACAAGGUGCUGCUGCGCACCUACCAGAGCUCGCCGCAGUCUCCGGCGUCUGGGACCGCGCCGCACGUUCCCAGUCCCAAGUGAGACGACGGUGAAAAUGCAGCACCACACCACGAGUUGGAUCUGCCAAAUAAGACCUCUGUGAACCAGAGUCAGCCUGGUUUAGGCACAGGGGAUGGGCAGACAGCUGGAUAUAGCUUAAAUAUCCAAAACAAAGACAGGAGUCCACGUGUUAUUUUGGGAACACUAAAGGGAUUCUGGGAUGAAUCAGAACGAGACCGCUGUGACGUUUUUAUUGAAUACAUGAACUGUUUAUCCACUGAAAGGACACAGGAUGUUCUUUGGUUUUUCUUUGAUUGCACAAUUUCUCAGUCACAUUGUGAUUUCUGAAAUUGCACAUUUGGUCUCCACUCUGCACGAUCAGCCUGGAAACAUGUGCACCAUUUAGCGUUUCUACCUUGUUUAUGUCACUAAAUUUAGUAGUAAACAAACUCAUGUGAAUGUACCAUGAUUUAAGCUGCUAAUUUAUUUUUUUGCGUUUAUUAUUACACAUUUUAAAACUCAAAACCAAAAAUAUUCUUUUUCUUUUUCUUGACAUUGUUUACUUUUUUUCCAUGUUAAUUUAUUUGCAUGUGUGUGUGUGUGUGUGUGCGCGCGAGCAUUUUCGAUUCACUUUUUUCGCAUAAAAAAAAAGAUAAAAAUAAGGAGUGUCUUUGUGAUUGGUGUUAAGAUUCACACGGUAAAAAUAUGAACUAUUUUAGGGUGACCUAGGAAUUUUUGGUACAACUUCUUGUUCUGUGGUUAAAACUGAACUCUAGCUGUAAUAAAAGCAGUCCGUAAUGUAGAUAACAUUUUACUCGGAAAAGUCGUACACUGGUAAAUUGCUGUGGUUUCUCAGUAUUACCCAUCAGUUGGUCAGGUUGCUUAAAUCAUGAUCACCCAGUCAGUGCCUAAAUCGGAUUAAUAUCCAAAAUAUUGAUCUUGUAAAUGUGUCUCCAUUGGUACUAAAUCACUUUCGAUGAAUUCUUUGAACAAAGCAAAAAUUUGACUGCAAUAUUUGGACUUUACAACACAGAUGCAUAUAGAUUCUUACAUGCAGUACAUACAUGCAGUCCUUGUAAUAAUAGGUCGUCUUGUGUAUUGCUCUAUCACAGUGUUCCUUUUUGUAUGAAUUUGGACGGUUGAAGAUUUGUAAAUGUACCAAUUUGUGGUGUUUAUAUGUGGAAAAAAAAGGUUGAAGAUGUUUUUAUGAGAUGGUAUGUAAUAAAACUAUUGAUACAAUUGGGGAAA